AUGCUGCGCUGGCUCCGGGGCUUCGUGCUGCCCGCGGUGGCCAGCCAGGAAGACGAAAAAUAUGUCUAUUCAGAUCCUCUGCGCUACAAGAUCCUCUUCCAAGACCUGGACCGCGACGGGAACGGGUUGGUGGACAUCGUGGAGCUCCAGGAGGGGCUGAAAAACUGGGGCUCCUCAUUUGGUCUGAACUCCGAGAAUGACAUUUUUAAAGCUGGAGAUACCAAUGAGGAUUCAAGAUUGGACUCUGGAGAAUUUUUGCAGUACCUUAAAGACCACGAGAAAAAAAUGAGGCUGGCAUUUAAUAGUCUGGACAAAAAUAAUGAUGGUUCAUGUUUAAAGUCAAGGAGAAUGAGGUUGAUUGGUGGAUUUGAGCAGAUGUUAAAAGAAGGAGGAAUUCGUUCUCUUUGGCGGGGAAAUGGUGUAAAUGUUUUUAGAAUUGCACCUGAGACAGCUCUCAAGAUUGGGGCUCAUGAACAGGUUCUAAAGACCAGACUGGCUCUAGGUAAAACUGGAAAGUAUUCAGGGUUCAUUGAUUGUGGCAAGAAGCUUCUGAAACAAGAAGGUGUUAGAACCUUUUUCAAAGGUUAUAUUCCUAACUUGCUAGGUAUUCUACCUUAUGCAGGCAUAGAUUUUGCUGUUUAUGAGCUGUUGAAGAAUUAUUGGCUAGAACAUCACGUGGCAGAGUCUAUAGACUCUGGGAUAAUAAUUUUGCUGGGAUGUAGUACAUUGUCUCACAUGUGUGCUCAGAUAGCCACAUUCCCUCUGACCCUUAUCAGAACUCGCAUGCAGGUUCAAGCACUGGAAGAAAAAGGAACAACAACCUCUAUGAUUCAUCUCAUUCAAGAGAUAUUUAACAACAAAGGAAAAAGGGGAUUUUUCAGGGGUCUCACCCCAAACAUCAUGAAGGUGCUUCCCGCAGUAGGCAUCAGCUGUGUAGUUUAUGAAAUAGUGGGACAACAUUUGGGAUUAAUUUAA